AGCUGUGUGCUAAGUGUGUUGCGCGUGUCGGCCUGUACUUUACACUCUGACCUCACCGUGCCGUCUGCUAGCAGAAUGUAACACCUGUGUGUAGAGUCGGACUGUGCCGUGUUUGCUGCUUUAAACUUGUAACUGUUUGGUCGAUUAUUGGAAUUCUUUCUGUAUUUGUUUCAGCCCUGAGGUAGAGUUCCUAGACAAGAAUGUUGUACAUCACACUCGCCCUUGUGGCCAUUGUAGUUUUCCUCUUGUUUCGAUUCUUCUCCAUCGACCUGAGCAUCUUUGAGAAGAUGGGGAUAGAGACUCCCCCAACCAAUCGGUUUUUGGGCAACUUCGGCCUGGCCAUCAAACUUGGGAUCUUUGACGUGCAGACCGUGUUCUACAGCAAGUUUAAACAUAAAAAGGUGUAUGGAUGGUACGACUUCAGAAGGCCGACAAUGAUUGUCAAAGAUUUAGACCUGGCGAAAGAAAUUCUGGUCAAGCAAUUCAACCAUUUUAUUGACCGACCAUCCAUUUUUGAGGUUAAUCCUCCGUUUAGCGAAACUCUACUUUUCCUGCAAGGUGAGCGUUGGAAGCACGUGAGGAGUGUGGUCAGCCCGACCUUUAGCUCCAGUAGACUGAAGAAGUUGUCCGGUCACGUGGUGAGGAAUGCCAAGGUCAUGCUGGAGAAUGUGCGUCAGAUGCAGGAGUCUGGCCAGGAGGUAGAGCUGAGAGAGUUCGCUUCCUGCUUUACUCUUGACGUCAUCGCCAGCACGGGGUUCGGCCUGGAGAUGGACACGCUCAAGAACCCAAAGAACAGGUUUGCCACGGAAGCCAAGAACGUCUUUAACCCUAACCCGUUUCUGUACGUCUUUCUCUUGCUGGUCCCAGAGCUGUCCAAGUGGUGCUCUAAGCUGGGACUUCCACUGCUGCCACAGAAGUCGAUGGAGUAUUUCGCUCAGGUCGUGGACGCUGCCAUAGAGGGCAGGAAGAAGGAGGGCACGGAGGGGAAGGUCAACGACUUCCUUGACCUCAUGAUGAACGCCGAGGAAAGGACCGAGUCACACAAGGAGUUGACUAGAACUGAGAUUCACGCCCAGGCCAUUUCCUUUAUAUUCGCCUCGUACGACACACUGGCCACUGUCAUGUCCUUCACCUUGUUCAUGCUAGCCAUGCACCCAGAGCUGUGCCAGCGUGUACAAGCUGAGGUCGAUGACCGCUGCGGCCAGAACACACCGGACUACGAGAACGUGCAGGGUCUGAGCUACCUGGACAUGUUCAUCAACGAGACGGUCAGGCUCUACCCCCCGGGCAGCCUUAUCCACCGGAAGUGUGUGCAGGAGAUCGAGAUAGAAGGCAUCCGGUUCCCCAAAGACAUCACAGUGCUGGUGCCGAUGUACGCGUUCCACACGGACCCGGACAUCUGGCCGGAGCCGGACAAAUUUGACCCCGAGAGGUUCACCCAGGAGAACAAAGACGCCAGACACCCGUACGCGCACAUGCCGUUUGGACAGGGUCCCAGGAACUGUGUCGGUCAGCGACUGGCGCUGCUGGUGCUGAAGGUUGCCAUAGCAACCGUGGUACAGAGGUACACGCCAACAGCGUGCAGCAAGUCUGUGUAUCCGGUACAUCUGAGUAAACUGCAAGCCAAGGCCACAGAUGGAUUGUGGGUCAAGUUUGAAACCAGAAGAAAAGCUACAUAAAAUAUUCUCGUUGUCUCAAAAAGAUUGGUUGAUAUUAUUUUUACUAACAAUUUUUAAUGUGUUUAUUUAACUGUACUCUGGUGUUGUUACUAUGCUUAAUAUUUUGUGCAGAUAGGAUUCCUUUGCCAACAAUACCGCCUACUUUUGUGUAUAUUCGCAUAUACAAUGCUAAAUAUACUGUGACGUAUUACAGAAAUUACAUUUUAGUUUUAUUGAAAUAGUAUAAAAUGUAGAAAAGUUUUAUUUAUUUGUGUUAUAUGUGGCAUAGACAAAAUAAACGUUUGGUUGAUUCCAAAGCUACUGUGACAAUGUAGUCUAACAUUAGUGAGCACAGAUAUCAAGAGCAAGUAUUUUCCAAAAAAAAUAUUUUUUCUAAAAAGUAUUUUCAACAAAAUAUUGCUAACAUUCAGCCAUAUCGUGUAAAAGAAAGGGGGGAUACACAUCUUAUGCAAUAAUUGUUUUUAUUUAUUCGAUAAGAAAGCUUUAGUGUAGACCUACUUAUUAGUCAUGUAGAUUUACUGUGAUAGACUACUGCUUGUACACUAUAUUAAUGUGUAAGUUUUUAUUGGCAUUGUGUAGCAGAGUUAUUGUUACUGCCAUUAUUACUGCUCCAAAUGGAAAUUAAUUGUAAAGUAAAAAUAAUAAAUUGUUUAAA